AAGGGAAUUAAGCACUGGACUCUCUACAUUUGGCUUUGGCUAUAAUCAUAUUUUAAAUAAAUUUUCCACUCAAUUAUAUUGCAAGCCUGAAAAUGGCCACCAAUGGAAAAAAACAAGCCGAAGAAGGGAAAAUGCCUCUUUUCACCUCCUACAAGAUGGGUAACUUUGAGCUUUCACACAGAGUUGUCAUGGCGCCUCUAACACGGUUUAGGUCAAAUGGGAAUCUCCCUCAAUCGCACGCUAUCUUAUAUUAUUCACAAAGAGCAAUCAAAGGAGGACUUCUUAUUUCAGAAGCAACCGGAGUUUCCGAUACCGCCCAAGGGCACUCUCUUGUAACGCCGGGUAUAUGGACGAAGGAACAAGUAGAAGCAUGGAAACCUAUUGUGAAUGCUGUUCAUGCAAAAGGCGGAAUCUUUUUCUGUCAAAUUUGGCAUGUGGGGAGGGUUUCAAAUGCGGGUUUUCCAAUCGGGGAACUUGAAAACCCCAAUGAGGAAGUCGAAAUAAUAUCAUCAACCGAUAAACAACUAAUGCCAAAUAUUAAAAAAUUUACACGUCCACGAAGGCUACGUACCGAAGAGAUUCCUACUAUUGUUAAUGAUUUUAGAGUUGCUGCAAGAAACGCAAUUGAAGCGGGCUUUGAUGGAAUUGAGAUCCAUGGAGCUCAUGGUUACCUCGUUGAUCAAUUUCUGAAAGACAAUGUAAACGAUAGGACAGACCAAUAUGGUGGAUCUUUAGAAAAUCGUUGUAGAUUUGCUUUAGAAGUAGUUGAUGCUGUUGUGAAAGAGAUUGGAGCAGAUCGAGUUGGGUUUCGACACUGCCCAUUUACGAUUGUUUAUGAAGGCCUUGACUCGGAUCCGUUAUCUUUAGGCCACUACAUGGUGAAAGCACUAAAUUCAUACAACAUUGCUUAUUUGCAUAUGGUGGAACCAAGGUGGGAUAUGUUGGAUGAUAAUGCCAAAAGUAUAUAUAGUCUUUCGCCAAUGAAAGAAGCAUUCAAUAGGACUUUUAUCGCUGCGGGUGGAUACAAUUUGGAAGAUGGAAACAAUGCGGUGGCAGAAAAAAGGACAGAUCUUGUUGCUUAUGGUCGGUUGUUUAUAGCAAAUCCAGAUUUGGUAAAGCGGUUUGAGCUUAAGGCACCUCUUAAUAAGUUCAAUCGGGUGACAGCUCCUUUAAAUGAUCCCGUUCUUGGGUACACUGAUUAUCCAUUUUUGGAAACCUACGGUUAAUAGAUGGGAAAGGGACAAAAAUCAUUAGUAUCAUAAAAGAAUAAAGAUUAUGUAAUAAAUUCAAGGGGAUAUUAUCAAUAUAAACUAAGUACCAUUUGAAGAGGAGCAACAAUGUAAGUUUAUUCAAAUGUAUUUCAUCUCUAUGUUAAAUGGUUUAU